AAAUCAUUAAGCCCCGCCUUUGGCUUUCCCCAAACAUUCACUUACAGAGAGAUCUAAACAGGGCAACAACAUACCCCUUUUGAAACAAACACUUCAAAGACUGAGACUUACAUUUGGUUGUAUCUAUUAAUGUUUGGUUGUAAAUGAUGUCUGUAGUAAACACCAGACAAUCGGGGACACUUUGGAUGGCUUUAAUGUUGUAACACUGCAGACUACAACACGUGGAUCUAUCCAGCAGCCACCAUCCCGGUGUUUUGACCGAUCACAGAGCCACUGCAUGGUGUUGCCGAGGAAGUCAGAAUAUGGACUACAUGCCUGAGGACAACUCCAGGUACAAAGAUGUUGACUACUGGGAUGAGAGAUAUAAGACAGAGCAGUGUUAUGACUGGUUGGGCGGCGUCUCCAAAUUUCAGCAUCUUCUGGAGAAGCACGUCAAGAAAGAUGACUCUAUUCUGAUACUUGGUUGUGGAAACAGCAGCAUGAGCGGUGACAUGUACAGCGCCGGCUACCACUCCAUCACCAACAUAGACUACUCAUCAGUGUGCAUCAGUGUGAUGAGUGCCAGGCAUAGCAACUGCCUAGGUAUGAGCUGGCAUCAGAUGGAUGUGCGCCAGCUCUCCUUCCCCGAUGCGUCCUUCGAUGUCAUCCUAGAGAAGGCCACAUUGGACGCCAUCAUGGUGGGGGAGAAGUCACCUUGGGGUGUUUCCCCGGAGACUGCCUGUUUCAUUCACAAAGCACUCACAGAGAUCAGUCGCUGCUUGAAGCCAGGAGGACGGUUUAUCUCUGUUACCUUUGCGGAUCCCUUCUUCAGGAAACGUCUCUAUGCUAAGACUCAAUAUAACUGGUCUAUUAAAAAGUACAGUUAUGGGGAAGGCCUGGAAUAUUUUGUGUAUGUAAUGACCAAAGGAGAGGAGCUAAGCCCUGAAGAUGCAGCUCUGGAGAAAAAGCUACUUGAAGACGCCAAAUCCCAACCUCCCAUGGUUCCCUCAACUCAUAGUGAGGAUGAGGAAGAUUUCAUUUCAAAUAUUGACUUGUAAGAAAUAACUGGAUUAUUCAAAGGAAUGUUGGGAGUAAAUUAAAGAUAUACACAUUUGAGCAAUUGUUGGAAUAACAAAAAGAUUGGAAACCAUUUUUUAUCAAACAGAUACGUUAACACAUGAGGGAUAUAUAACAUUUUAUCAUAAACAUAGUAUAGAAAUAACACCAGUGAUACCAUUUUUAAUAUACCAGUAUUUGCAAAUGGCACAGAUUGGUUGCCGAAAGUCUUGUCUUAUAAAGUUUCUUCCUUGAGGUGAAUUGGUAAUUCUGCAAUAAAUAUAUAUUUGAUUAUG